UCCGGCUGGGAAUGUGCGAGGUGUGCGCCGCCAAGGAGGCCCGCUACGCGUGUCCCAAGUGCGAGGUGAAGACCUGCAGCCUGCCCUGCGUCCAGAUCCACAAGAGGGAGCUCAGCUGCGAUGGCCAGCGGGAUCGCACCAAGUUCGUGCCCCUCAGCGAGAUGACGGCGCGGGAGUUCAUGAGCGACUACUGCUUCUUGGAGGAGUGCACCCGCUAUGCGGAGAACCGCAAGACCGAUCAGUGCAAGCGGUUCACCCACGACCAGAGGAAUCUCCCGGUGGCCCAGCACCGGAUGCGAACGGCGGCCAGGAGGCGCAACAUCGACCUGCGACUGCAACUGGAGAACUUCAGCCGGCACAAGGAGAACACCACGUACCUCAACUGGAAGCUGGGACGUUUCUAUUGGCGCGUCGAGUGGCUUUUUGCAAACAUUCCGCUCGAGGCGAACCACUCCCGCGAUGUGGCCCGAUUUGUGGACGACCGGUGUGACGAGGAGCUUGUCCUGUCCGAUCUGAUCCUCAAGUAUGUGGAUCUGCAGCACGAAACGGCGCGGGAUCAGCGCAAACUGCUGGCCAACCAUCAGACUGCCGGCAUUGGCCAGCUCAGCUUUUGGCUGCGCGCCGAGGGCGUGCGUCGCAGUUCCACGAGAUGCCAUCACCUGGAGGCGGCCAAAACGCUGGCCGAGAAUCUAGCCGGCAGGACCAUCGUGGAGUUUCCCACUAUCUUUGUUACAUACGAAUCGAAGCCCCCAGGCGGUUAUGAAGUCAUCGACAGCAGUGACGAACUGCAGGAGGAGGAGGAGGAGGAGGAGCAGCCUGCAACCAAAACAAACCCAUCUUCCGAUGCAACACCCACUGCAUUGGAUUUAGAUGAGCCACACGAUGUCUACCAUGAUCUGGCUGCAGCUUUUGUUGGCGAAGAUGUCAGUGAAGCUGAGGACGACGAUGAAUUCGAGGCACUCUACAGAGAACACGUGGAGCUGUAGAGACGAACCAGCAGAUGUACAAUAGACCUGUCCAAAUUUGGGUCACAAUGCCACCCCGUAACCACUGAUAAUUAAGUAAAUAAAACAAUUAUCUUUUAUAUUUUUACAUAAAUGUUGUAUUUUCUCGUACGCAUUUGAUUUAAUUUGUAUUUUAGGCUAAUUAAACAUAAAGAAUUCAUACCACACUUCGUUUCGAUCUAGUUCCGUCAUUGUCAACAUCAUCAUCAUAUUACCCAUCAAUCAUGAUCAUCGUAAUAUAUGUAUAUAUAUAUAUAAAGAAGUUUGAAAAAUCAAGUUACAGAGCCUUGGGUUAAUCGUAAUUUGUGUACGCAUUUUGAGUACAGAGUUUGUGGUCAAUACACAGCAGUUUGUCCCUACUAUUUGGAGGAUCUCUAGUUUAAUUUUGAUAUACCAAUUAGCAUUUCGAUUUGUACAUAAUACAUAUGUGUGCCAGUAUAUUCCUAUAUAAUUUCAUUAUUUUACUUUCAUUCCUUCUAUUCUUUGCUUAUUUCUUCUUUUUUCUUUUUUUUUUGCCUGCACCAGUUAUUAUUAUUUU